AUGGAUUACAACGACUGGCUAUACUUCUACUCACAGUUCUUCUGCCCCGACUGCGGCAGCUUCCACCCCCCCGACGACGGCGGCUACGGAGGCUACCCAGGACAGCAAGGAGGCUACCCCGGCCAACAAGGAGGCGUCGGCGGAUACCCCCCUCAAAGCAACAACACCACCCCCCUCCCCGCCGGCCGCGGCGGCCCCCCCAUCUACGGCCCCUCCACCGAAACCGCCGACGGCAACACCCCCGUCACCAGCGGUCUCGGCAGUCUCUCCUCUCCCCUCCCUCCCCUCCCCCCUCCCGGCCCCGGCCUCCUCACCCCUCUGGAUCCAUCCCAGACAUUCUUUAAUAACUCCUUACACGGCCACCUACCCGGGUCACGCACGCACCCGGCUGACGAGGGGUUUCCGAAGCGGCUGUAUACGAGGGUGCCGGAUGUGAGUUCCAUGACUGCUGAGGAGCAGUCUGCGAGGGCUUUUGUGCUUACCGCUCUCGAAAUGCUCAACUGGCGCGCCUUCGGCGAAGACAUGCAUUCUCUCCUCACCCUCACCCCCUCCCCCCUCCCCCCCGCCCUAGCAUCCCAAAUCCGCUACCUCCUCUACUGCACAAUCCCCCACCUCGAAGACGGAGGCGACGUCCCGCCGGGGGAUUACUGUAAGAUCCGCGCUGUGCUGGAUAGGUGCGCAGAGGUUGGAGAGGUGUGGGGCGGGGCGCUGACGUGGGGGUUUGGGUUUGGGAAGGGGGGGGGGAGGGCGAGGGAGAGGGGGUGGUGGAGGACUGAGAGGGAGGGGUGGCCGGAUGGGGGGGCGGUGAAUUCGGGGGAUAUUUUGGGGGGUGGAGGCGAAAUGGGGGGGUGGUGGUGGGAGGAAGUGCGGUGA